AUGGCUCCUAUGGCCCCCAAUCCUACUGCUGUCGAACCCAUGACCAACGAAACAAUCGAUACAACCAUCCCCGACUCCCCCUCAAGUCUUCCUCAGACACCCUGCAACACCAAAUCUUCGUGGGUCACUGGCAAACGGAACAAACUUCUCAGGCGCAUUCCUCUCUUCAAGCCGUCCAAGCUGGAGACGCCCAUGAUGGCUUCGACUACACCUAGGCCAGCAGACUACCAACAUGUCGACACCGAGUACAGCUCUACCCGACGUGAGGAAGCUGCUCGCUCUGUUUCCCCGGAUUCAGCGUUGAGCGCCAUGGGUCAUGAUGGAGACCAGGACCGCGGAGAAGGAUCUCAAUCGCCGCCGCCGCCGCCGCCGUCCAACUCACAACAUCAGUACCAGAGUGUUCCUUCGCCGCCGUUGAACCAGGAGCAGCAGCCUCAAGCUCCAAAAGAGUCGGACAUGGGGACCUAUCCUGCUUACCCUGCGACAUUCCCUGGAGGAUUCCAUUCGUACUCGCCGCCGCCCAUGGCCAUGUACCCGGGGUCCCCCAUGACACCUCAAGUGAUUAACUUCCAGGGUUGGGGACAGGCUUAUGACGCCCAGAGCUUGAUGAGUUCACCUCAAACCCCCUUCACCCCGUUUGGACAACCACCUUUUGGACAGCCAGUCUAUGGACAAGGAGGAUAUGGACAGCCGCCCUAUGGACAGCCACCCUAUGGACAGCCACCCUACGGGCCACCGCCCUUCGAAUGCCAUUCGCAGAGCGAGCCGUAUCGCGACAAGGUCAGCUGGCUUGGGACGACCUUGUGGUUCCUGUCCAUUUUCUCAACUAUCGGGAGCGGCCUCUGGCUAGGUGUCGCCUUUAUUCAACCUAAAUGGGGAAGGACAGUUUCCUCCGCCCAUGGGGCCCUUCCACCGUCGACAGCUUCUUUGCUCACUGCUCUGAUCGCCAAGUUGAUCGAAACUUCCUUCGUUGCCGUGUUUGUUGCCUCUGUUGGUCAGAUUCUUACCAAGAAGGCUUUCGAUGUUGGCAACAGAGGUGUUACGUUGGGCGAGUUCGGCAUGAAGAACUGGGUUGUUUCGCCUGGUUUGAUGUUUACGAAUAUCAAAGCCUGGAAGAAAGUGGGAUUUACCCCCUUGGGUAUUUUGUGUAUGGUCGCCACCCUCGUCGCAGUACUAUACACCACAGCCUCGGACGCCCUCGUUGCCCCCAAAUUGAAAUGGGGCAAGCCCGAACUGAUCCUCAUGAAGAAUAACGCCAUGGCUAGCUAUGGGAACGUGAGCUUCGUCAAGCUAAGCUGCCAGCUGCCGGAUACCCUGUUGGCGGAUGAACACAGCGCAGGUAGUUGUCUUGCUGCGUCUCUUUCAGGUUUCUCAUACCAUAACUUUCAAGCCUUCCUGCAAGUCGUCUACCAUUGGCCGCCGUUUGCUACGUUUUGUAUACUAACGACAUCUAGGUCUACAUGGUCAGAAUUUGGCCGGAACAACACGAAGCCAGAGGGACGUUACAUGUCUAAUAGGCCCCCAGUAACAGCAACGCUUUACGACAAUGUCACGGUUACAGGAACGUGGAUUAAUACCGAAUAUAGUGACCCCAUGACAAGAUACGAGGAGUAUAAAAGAGUUAUCAACAAUGUGACUCUAGCAGUUCCUCACCCUGGAGUGUACGACGCAGCAACAGAUCCCAAGAAUGAGAUCCUCCAGCCUAGCGAUCUUUCCGGAGUCGGAGAAUACAGGUUAGCGGCAAGCGCAGUUAGCCCGGCGCUGAAUAUUCUCUGCGUGGAAAUGACCAGGAAGGAGCUUGCGCCUCUUGUUUAUACGGCAUGGCCCUUUUCCAACUUGACGGACGCGGAACUCAAAGGUGAAGUGACAGGCGGUUUGAAUUGGUUGAACGAUGUCCCUCUUUACGACUGGGCCCCGAACGAAACUCAAUGGCUCAACCGGACCGAUGUGGACGACAUAUUCAGAUGGGGCCCAGAAUACCAUCGACGACCACCGGUCUUUCAGAGGUUUCCGUCAGAGUACAACGUGAUCAUCAAUGCAACAGUCCAAGGCUCAACAAACUGGACCUACAAGUCAGGCUCUAUCUAUACACUCGUCAACAACAAUUUCACGGACGACUACACAUUGUGCGAGAUUCGGUCGUGGCUCUCCACCAACUGUUCGACCCACCUCAACAUCUCAGGGACAACCGGCGCUCAUAUGUCGGCAAACUGCGAAGAUGAAAGCGACCCAGUCAGCUACCGCAAGUCAGUCCCAGACGCUGUGGAGUCGGAUGAGGCCGACUGGAAGUGGUUGGCGGAUGCUUGGCAGCUAGCCAUUUAUAUGAAUUCCGGACUGACAACUCUGAAUGCGUCGCGAGAUCGAAUCCUGACUGCACUACCUUUGGAGGAUCCCCUUCUCCCCCUCAAAACACCAUCCCUCGCAGAGGUUUUGGCAGCACUUGUCAGCCCCACAUUGAUAUCUGGCUCGAUAAAGACGCCCACUGUUAACUAUUGGCCCCCAGAGGCGAUAAAUGCUACUUUGCCAGGAAUGCCAGGAUGGGAGCAUGAGUUCAACGCCUCGAUCACGAAACAAGAGUACACUUCGGGUGCUGCUCAGGAAUAUCAACGCGCGUUCCUGGUAAUCCUGAUCUUGGGGUUCUUACUGAACCUGUUUUGCUUGGUUCAUCUGUUCAUCCAACUUAGGGGCCGGCCGCUCACCGACUUCACGGAUCCAGCAAACUUGUUUGCUCUGGCCAUCAAUUCUCCCCCAAGUUGCCAACUGAGCGGGUCAUGUGGGGGAGGACCCAAAGGCACUCAGUUGGAUGUGCCAUGGCGUAUCGGCUACUCGGAACAAUCAAAUCACUACUUCUUUGAGGAAGCAACCGAAAAGAGGCAGAGACUCAAGAGGAGGAGCCGUCGUGAUGUGGUCACUUCGGAAAUGGAGCUGGUAGAUUUCAAGGACGGCGAUACCAAGGCAAAGAUGGACAACCCAAGACAGAGCUACAUCAAGUUGAGCAACCAUAAGAGCUGGCUGUAA